GAGUUUUCUAUAUAAUAUUCAGAUCAGCCCAACUUUAUUCAGUUCACUCUUAAUUACCGUGGUGUGAGCAGUGAUUGAUUGUUUUGAAAAUUAAACAAAUUACUUUAUCAACAAAAAGAUGGAUUUUAAAUUGGAAACAUCACCUCUUAGUGAAGAGUGUCAACAACUUGCAGAAAAGGAAUUGAGAGAAACACCUGAAAAUGUGAAAUCAGGUAUUACUGAAUUAAGAGAACUUCUAAAGAGUGAUGAAACUUUGAACUUUGAUGAUGAUGAUGAAACACUGACCAUUUUUUUGAGACCAUGCAAAUGGUACGCCAAAAGUGCGUUUGAAUUGAUUAAACGAAUUGCCGAAUUUAAAAAAAAAUACAAGGAUCAAUUGAAGGGAUUAGUGCCGGAGGACUGCAAAAAAUAUGUAAUGGAAUACAAUGUGGUUAAUAUUUUAAAAGGACGCGAUCAUGCUGGCAGAAGAGUUCUUAUUGUAAACAAUGGAGCAACUUGGGAUCCUUCAAAAGUAAGUGCUGACGUAAUGUUCCAAAUAUUCUUCCUUAUUCAUCAAGCUGCUGUCUUGGAACCAGAAACACAAGUAAGGGGCGUUGUUGUGAUAAUGGAUUUCAAAGGGUUAGGAAUGAAACAAAUAUCUGCGUUGACCCCUGCUUUCAGCAUGAAGCUGCUAGCAUUUAUUCAAGAUGCAAUGCCACUUAGACUUAAAGAAGUUCAUAUGGUUAAUCAACCGUUUAUUUUCAACGUUGUCUGGAAGGUCUUCAAACCUUUUAUUAGAGAAAAGCUUGGAGCCAGGAUUUUCUUCCAUGGUUCCAAGAUGGAAUCACUUCAAAAGUAUCUAAAACCAAGUCAUUUGCCAGCUGAUUACAAUGGAGAAUUAGCAGCAAUUGAUUAUACUGGUGCAGAAUGGUAUCCCGCAUUAGAAUCACAUAUGGACCACAUGAUUAAGUGGAGUAACUUUGGAUACAAGGAGUAUUAAAUAUUAAUAUAUAUGUAUAUGUAUAUAUAGAAUUCUUAAAAUUUUGUAUUCUUUAUUUAUAUAUCAAUAAAAGUGAUAUUUUUAUCAA